GAUACUUUGACGUUUAUUCUUUAGUCAUAAGUCGACAUGCCUCAAGUGUGCGCCUGUACGUAGUGCCAAGUGUUAAUAAUCAAGUGUAAUCAAUUUACGGAGAGAACAUCAUAUUUCAUACUUAUUUCUUGUUAACGAUAUUUUUACUUUAUUUGCGGAUUUUUUGGAAGAAAAUAAUAGAACAUUUGUUCUGAAUAAUAUGGUUGGAAUGAUUCAAAGACCCUGGACACCCACGAAAAGACGAGGCGCAAUUGCAGCAGAAUAUAACAGCCCAGGACCAGCCUGUGUAACUUUACCGUCGUUAAUAGGAAAAACAGUUAUAGAUUCUAAACAAGAAAGAGCACCAGCAUUCUCUUUUGGUAACAGACAUACAAUGAAAAAUAACAAUCCUGGACCUGGUCCUGGGCAAUAUAAUGUUUCUGGACUUAGCGCCAAAGGAAAGGAUGCUGUACCUGCAAUAUCAUUACAUGGCCGAACAAAAUCAAUAAAACCGGAAAUUACACCAGCACCGGGUGAUUAUAAUCCACAAAAAGCAGAAAAAAUAAUUCUUGAUAGCUCGCCGAAAUAUUCUUUUGGUAUUAAAACACAAAUCGAGAAAAUCAACUGUACACCCGCGCCUGGUACAUAUAGCCCUGAAAAAGUAAACUUAAAUAAAGGGCCUCAAUAUAGUUUAAGUGGUAAAGGAUCAGCUGAGAAACCUGCUGAUACACCAGCACCUGGAACGUAUAGUCUUGAAAAAAUUAAAUUGGAUACUACGCCACAAUACAGUUUCGGAAUUAAACCUUUUUCAGAGAAACUCAAUAAUACGCCAGCACCUGGAACAUAUAGUCCAGAAAAAGUAAAUUUGGACAAAGGACCGCAGUACAGUUUGACCGGUAAAGGGUCUGCCAAAAAGAUUGCAGAUACGCCAGCACCUGGAACAUAUUCUCCGGAAAAAGUAAGAUUGAAUAAUACACCGCAAUACAGUUUCGGAAUUAAACAUACUCUGAAUAAGCCUAAUGAUACUCCUGCGCCUGGAACUUAUAGUCCGGAAAAAAUAAAUUUAGAUAAAGGACCACAAUACAGUUUGACUGGUAAAGAGUCAAUCAAGAAAUCUGCUGAUACACCUGCACCUGACAUGUACUCGCCUGAGAAAGUGAACUUGACCAGCACACCGCAAUAUAGUUUUGGACUUAAACUUACUCCAGAUAAAUAUAAUAAUACGCCAGCUCCUAGUGCAUAUUCACCUGAAAAGAUAAAAUUGGACUCUACGCCAAAAUAUAGUUUUGGACUCAGAAUUUCUUUGGAUAAACCCAGCGAUACACCAGCCCCUGGCACCUACAACCCAGAGAAAGUACAUUUAAAUAAAGGACCACAAUACACUUUAACUGGCAAAGGAUCUGUCCUGAAAAUUAAUGAUGUUCCUGGGCCUGGCACAUAUAGUCCUGAGAAAGUGAAUUUGAACAAAGGACCGCAGUAUAGUUUAGUUGGGAAAGGGAUGGCAGAGAAAUUGGAACAUAAUCCAGGCCCUGCUGAUUACAAACCAGAAAAUGCUUUAAAUCUGAAGCAUAAACCUUAUUACAGUUUUGGUGAUAGAAAAUUUUUGGAUAAACCUACAGAUACACCAGGCCCUGAUAGAUAUAAUCCAGAAAAAAUUCAUUUGGAACAUAAAUCUUAUUUUAGUUUUGGUAAUAGAAAAUCCUUAUAUAAAUCUAGCGUCAGUCCAGCUCCAGAUACAUACAGUCCUGAGAAAACAAAUAUGUUUAAAUCACCACAAUAUAGCUUCGGCAUUAAAACUGAUAUUAAUGAGAAGAACAUCAUACCAGGUCCUAGCGAAUAUAAUCCAGAAAAAGCAAUGCUUUUAUUAGAGAAAACAUUUCAAUUUACUUUCGGUCUUAAACUACCCGUGACUAGACCAAAUGACAUUCCUGCACCUAACAUCUAUAACAUUCCUUCCGCCCUCGGUGGAACUAAAGAGGGUAACAAGAAAGCAGCACCCGCCUAUUCGAUAUCAGGUCGGCAAAAAGUUUUUAUGGAUGAUCGGAUUCUCGUACCCGGACCAGGUUCAUAUGAGAUUGUUAAACCAGAUGCUGUCAGAUCGAAGAGUCCGGCAUACAGUAUAAGCGCACGUUUUUCGCUGCCUGAUGAUCGUUUGCAAAUCCCAGGACCUGGAGCACACUGCCCAGAAAAGGUACUUCUCAAUGUUCCUCCUGCGCAUACAUUUGGCAUCAGACACUCGCCGUAUAUUUGUAACUUGAAGGACGCAAUUUAUUAAUUCAUCAAUGAACCCGAAUUUAGUAAUUCGAUAAUUAAAACAUUUUAUUAUUACAUAAUGUGCUUUAUUAACGAAUUUUGAUAAUAAUCCAGCCUCAUAUUUUUUUCUCUUUAUUCUUUGUUUUAUUAAUUGAUAUUAUUAAUUCUUUAAAGGACUAUUAACAGAAUAAAUAAAUAUCAUAUUAUAAUAUAUAUCAUAUUUAUAAAUUAUUAUGUGCUAAUAUAAAAAAAUUUUAAUGUUUUUAAUGACUUGAUUUAUGACGAUUUUGAGACAUUUAAAAACAUCUUGUUUGAGAUUACUUUUAGAUAAAAUAAAAAUGAAUUACACAAAAACACAUUAACAAGGAAAAGACGAGACAUGAAUUAGCAUUGCUAAAUAAAUUAAUAUAUUAAUUAUUUAGUAUUUAUCUAACUUUGUUAAUCUAUUUGUAUCUCUUCUGUUAGGCCUGUCCAACACUCGGCUCGUAAGCUAAACGCUUCCUCCUUUCCAUCAUCUUAUUCAAA